AUGUCCGACUCAAACGAUGUGACAGUUGACGAGCCUAUGACUUCGGCGACUCCUCCAAAUUUACCUGCCCAAGUUAUCUUGUCCAGCACUGCUCAAGACACUCCCACCAUCGUGACUUCGCCUCGUACAAAUCCGACCCGCCCCCCUCACCACCACCAUUCAAGUUCGACCAGCCUCACGCAGAGCAAAAGUAGACGAUCGCUGGCAUCGCUGGCUCGCGAGAAGACAUCCAGCGCUUUCGCCAAUUUGGCUUCCUUGGGCACGAAUUCGACGCCUAGUCUGCGCUCGGCCACCUCGUCUGGGAGCCUGUCCAAACAUUCCUCAUCUUCGGGGGGUUUGCGACCAACCCUGCCGCGUUCACCAACGUCUCCUGAAGUGCAAGUUGCCGCACAGUCGCGGAGAACAAGCGGAGUGCCACCGCUCGCCAGUCAAGAUCUACGACACAGUCUCGCCACCGCCCCUUCAAUGCCGAAUCAGGACCGGAGAGAUGGCAAGAUGCACCAGACAUCUUCCAAGAUCCUGCGCAUGACCGACGACGAGAGACCUUUCACGAGAGAUUUCCAAGACUUGUUCGCAACACUGAUCACGAGUCUUCCGCUGACGCCCCAUCGUGUAAGGUUCUCCAGGGUCGAAGAAACGUUCUUAUCAGAAGAGGCAAUCACCAACCUGGGCUCCCUGAAAUUCUCGCAAUCCAACCGGAUACCCGACCCCAAGAAUCCCUCCAGAUGGGUCGUUACCACCACGACAACCACGUUCUCCAUGGCCAAGGAAAUGGCACGUUCGGUCUGCCAGCGUUUUGUAGACGCACGGCUGAUUGAGUCUGCCGAGUCCAAGACCAACACAGCGUUUGUGACCAAAGGUGGUGUUUGGCAACUUACCCCCAAGGGCUCAGCAACCUUAUAUCGCUUCUGCAGCCGCAAUGGCAUCAAUGCACGGCACAUCGAACCGAUCCUGCGACGGAGCCAGAUGCAGAUGGUUUCUUUGGAACGAGACCCUGCCACCGACAAGCUUGUACAGGACCGGCCGACGAUUGAGAUCAUCUUUCGCAGAUUCAUGGGCUCGGAAGGUCCAAAUCUAAAGAGCUCUACGUCUCUGUCUGACUCAGACUCCGUGUCGGAAUAUGCUACUGGACUCGUGGGCAUCAAGAUGGCCAAGGAAAGGAGGGUGUUGGACAAGCUGGUGAACAACACCUUCACUGGCAAAGCAGCCUCGGACUGGUUGCUCGACUGUUGUACCACCAUUGAUCGAAGAGAGACGUAUGAGAUGGCAGAGCUGUUCGUCAAGUGGCAAUUGAUGGUUCCUGUGUGUCAGCGCUGCUCCUUUCGACUAACCGGUAAGGGUCAGGUCUCCAGUCACAAUGCUCGAGUAGGGGUAUGGGGGAUACGACACAGGGGCGAGGUAUAG